UGAGGUUAUAUCUUUGAAUGUGAUAGUGCUCGUGCUGUCUUUGCUGGCUUCCAAAUUUCAAUAAUUGUGGUGCAGUAAAUUUGGGAAGAAAGUGAGUACAAACUUGUUUCACUUGUGAGUACUAGGGCCAAAUGUUUAAAUUGUUUAAUUCUAUCAUGUGACCGCUCGAACAAUGGCGGCCGUGAAACGGAGUUACAGUGGUGGUUCUGUUGACGGAGUACCAGUUACGAAGAAGAGCCGAGAGACGGAACCGCAGACAGCCGAAAGCCGGGUACUUGAUUUAAUCAAAGCCUCAGGUACCAAAGGUGUAUCCGACGAUGACCUCAUCAAAGAAUGUCCGGCGCUGACUAUCGAGGAGCGUGUCGACGUAGUCAAUAAGUUAAUCACGUCAAAUGCCAUAACGUUGCACAAGGUAAAGGACACGCUUAGGUACAAGUUCAAAGGGUCCACAACUUUAACACCUGGAGACGCCAAUACCGAAGAGUUAGUCGUGUUCAAUUUGAUACGAGACUCGGGGCGAAAAGGUAUAUGGAUACGCGAUGUACGCAUCAAGUCCAACUUGGGGCUACCGCGACUCAAAAAAAUAUUAAAAUCUCUAGAGGCGAAGAAAUCAAUAAAAGCCGUCAAAUCGGUGGCGGCGAGUAGAAAAAUUGUUUACAUGUUGUAUGAACUAGAACCAGACAGUUCAAUAACUGGCGGUGCGUGGUACUCUAAUCAAGAGUUUGAAUCCGAAUUUAUCGAAAUCUUGACGAAACACAGUUACAAGUUCUUAGAGGCGAAAAAAGCUAAAGCUCUUAAGAAUAACAGUGUGAGGAGCCCAUUAGUUAAGUACAAUUCUACAUACGCAACUGCUGAUCGUGUACUGGAGUUCAUUUCAAAAACGGGCAUCAGCAAAGUGAGAUUGACUGUGGACGAUAUUUCAUCAAUACUCGAUCUGUUAGUCUACGACGGUUUGGUGACGAAACGUGUGAACACCGAUGGUAAUGUCGAGUACCGUUCAUCUAAGUCGUUAGUCAAAAGAAAUGCUAGCAGUUUUGUGCCGUGUGGCAGUUGUCCUGUUAUUAAACGAUGUUCGGAUGCAAAUCAGUUGAAUUCGCUUAAUUGUAUGCACAUGAAAAAUUGGACCACUAUUUGAAAAUUUUUGAAAUUUUUUUUACCACCUGAUGUAUUCAAUAAUAGGCUAAUUAAUAUUAAGGUUAAUUUUACUAAUAAAACUGAAUAGUAAAUUAAUUUAAGUCUUUUUAUUAGUAUAUUAUGUUAUAAGUAAAAAAAAAAAAAAAUUACCCCUGUUAAAAAGGUUUAGGUGCUCUUCUGGGAGAAUUCAAAUACCUACCGGCUAACUAAAAAAUAUAUUCUAAAAAUGUUGAUGUUCUUAGAUAUUAUAUUUGUUUUUUUCUGAUAGAAGUGCCAAAAAAUAAAUUUUAAAUAACGAAUUUGUUAUUAAAUAGUCAAUAUGUA